CCAAAUUCCAAAACGUAAAAACCAAACGGACCAACAGUCUUUGCUCCAUUUUCCUUCCAAUUAUCGCCUCCAGAAUUCACGUUUUCGGUUUUUUUUUCUCGUCGAUUUGGUUGAAUCAAUGCGAUUUCUUGUUUGAAGUUCGGAAAUCGGCUGCAGAAUUGAAUCGGUUUUUGCGAUUAAGUUUCUGUUCAUCUGAAUGCUCGAGUUCUUGCUUAUGCUCGAAGCAUCAAAUGCGAGUUUGAAACUGAAGUGAACUUGAUAAGCAGGAUUUCGACUUGCUAUGGCGUCUGAAAUGAUUGUCGAAUCAGGCUCGUCGAUAAUAAAUUUUGGGAUGGAGUUAGUCGCGGAUCAUACUUCGGUGGUUUCUUUAAACUUAUUUGUAGCUCUUCUUUGUGGUUGCAUUGUCGUUGGUCAUUUGUUAGAGGAAAACCGAUGGAUCAACGAGUCCAUUACAGCCCUUGUCAUUGGGUUGUGUACCGGCAUCAUCAUAUUGCUAACAACUAGAGGGAAAAGUUCGCAUUUAUUUUUGUUCAAUGAAGAGCUUUUCUUUAUCUAUCUCCUUCCGCCUAUCAUUUUCAAUGCCGGUUUCCAGGUCAAGAAGAAGCAGUUUUUCCGCAACAUCAUGACCAUAGUGCUUUUUGGUGCUUUUGGCACUCUCAUAUCCUUCUGUAUUAUAUCAUUAGGCGCUUUGCACUUCUUCCAGAAAAUGAAUAUUGGUUCUCUUGAUCUUGGAGAUUAUCUUGCUAUUGGAGCUAUUUUUUCUGCAACAGACUCUGUUUGUACCUUACAGGUUCUUAAUCAGGAUGAGACCCCUCUCCUGUAUAGCCUGGUUUUUGGGGAGGGUGUUGUAAAUGAUGCCACUUCUGUUGUGCUAUUCAAUGCAAUCCAGAACUUUGAUCUGUCUCACAUGAAUUCAAGCAUCAUUCUGCAAUUCAUUGGGAACUUUUUGUAUCUGUUCAUUGCAAGUACCGUGCUGGGAAUUUUAGUUGGCCUCCUUAGUGCAUACAUAAUUAAGAAGCUCUACUUUGGCAGGCAUUCUACUGAUCGUGAAGUUGCUCUUAUGAUACUCAUGGCGUACUUUUCUUAUAUGCUAGCUGAACUCUUCUAUUUAAGUGCAAUUCUCACCGUAUUCUUUUGCGGUAUUGUUAUGUCUCACUAUACAUGGCAUAACGUAACUGAAAGUUCCAGAGUUACUACAAAGCAUGCUUUCGCCACUCUUUCUUUUGUUGCUGAGAUCUUUAUCUUUCUUUACGUUGGCAUGGAUGCUCUUGAUAUCGAGAAGUGGAGAUUUGUUAGCCACAGUCCGGGGAAAUCAAUUGGGGUGAGCUCAAUACUGUUGGGACUGGUUCUGGUUGGAAGAGCAGCCUUCGUUUUUCCAUUAUCCUCCUUGUCCAAUCUGACCAAGAAGUCCUCGCAUGAAAAACUCAACUUGGAACAACAAGUCACUAUUUGGUGGGCUGGUCUCAUGCGUGGUGCCGUUUCAAUGGCACUUGCAUAUAAUCAGUUCACCAGGUCAGGCCACACCCAUUUACCAGGCAAUGCAAUCAUGAUCACCAGUACCAUCACAGUUGUUCUUUCCAGCACAGUGUUUUUUGGAAUGAUGACAAAACCCCUGAUAGGGAUUCUGCUACCCCAACCAAAAUACACAAUGAGCAUGCUGUCUUCGGAACCCUCAUCCCCAAAAUCCUUCACAGUCCCACUCCUCACCAACGACGACCCAAACAGCCAUUCCCAAUCCCAAUCCCAUUCCCAUUCCCCUCUGGGGCUGUUCCUGCGAAUCCCGGCCCAUACGGUUCACCAUUAUUGGCGGAGAUUCGACGACGCCUUCAUGCGUCCUGUUUUUGGAGGGAGGGGCUUUGUGCCCUUCGUCCCUGGCUCCCCGACCGAAGACCCCAACCAACAAUGGCAAACUGAAGGACCACUUGAAGCCGCCGUUGAUGACAACAAAACCAUUCUUAUACAGACUCGAUGGUAAAAUAGAAGAAGAAACAAAGGUAACAACUUAAUUACUAUUACAACAUUGAUCAUUCUUUCUUUUUUUUUCCUUUUUACUUUUUCAUUUCUUUCCACACUUCUGUGUUUUGGCUUGGGGUUUGAGGGAUUUUGCUUUUUGUGGUUGAAUUCAGGUUGGUUUGAAAGA